AUGCCGGUGAGACUGGAUCAGCUGGUGCUGAGGACCAGACCUUCUCCACACUAUAUGAAUCUGGUUGGGUUUUGCUUUGGAUUGGCUGAUCUGAUCCCACGGGCUGAAAGCCCGUUUGUGGUUGGGGCAAAUCACAUGCACCCUGAUGAUAAAGUCAUACGAGUUGUUCCUGAGAGCGAGAGGGAAACGCAGAUCCUGAGGGCUACGUUUAACAGGCUUAAGGUGGACCUGUGGCAGCCCAGCAGCCCCUUCCACAUCGUUGAAGGUACGGUCACCGACGUGCGAGUACCACAGAACACGUCCCGAAGUCUGCUGCCCUACCUCCAGCAAGCAAACAUCCAGUACACGAUUCUCAUAUCAGACCUGCAGAAGGCAAUAGAAAACCAAACUGGACUGAGGUCAUAUAGGAGUCGAAGGUCCCUCUCUGGUUAUAACUACGAAGUAUAUCACUCCCUGGAAGAAAUCCAGGGUUGGAUGCAUCAUCUGAAUAAAACUCAUUCAGAUCUUGUUCACAUGUUCUCUGUUGGAAAAUCCUAUGAAGGGAGACCACUGUUUGUACUCAAGGUAGGUAAAAGAUCGCGGCCCUACAAGAAAGCUGUCUGGAUAGACUGUGGGAUUCAUGCAAGAGAGUGGAUUGGCCCUGCCUUUUGCCAGUGGUUCGUGAAAGAAGCUCUUCAGACAUACCAGACCGAUCCUGCCAUGAGAAAGAUGCUAACUCAGCUGUAUUUCUAUGUCAUGCCUGUAUUUAAUGUGGAUGGAUAUCAUUUUAGCUGGACAAAUGAUCGAUUUUGGAGAAAAACAAGAUCAAAGAACACAAGGUUUCGGUGUCAUGGUGUUGAUGCUAAUCGCAACUGGAAAGUGAAAUGGUGUGAUGAAGGUGCUUCAUUUCACCCGUGCGAUGACACCUACUGUGGUCCCUUUCCUGAGUCUGAGCCUGAAGUGAAGGCUGUUGCUCAUUUUCUCCGCAAACACCGGAAAGAAAUAAAGGCCUAUUUGUCCUUCCAUGCCUAUGCACAGAUGCUGCUGUACCCUUACUCUUACAAAUAUGCAACUAUUCCAAACUUCAGCUGCGUGGAAUCGGCAGCCUAUAAUGCUGUUAACGCUCUUCAGUCAGCCUAUGGCAUAAGAUACAGAUACGGUCCUGCAUCUAGCACUUUGUAUGUGAGUUCUGGGAGCUCUAUGGACUGGGCCUACAAAAAUGGCAUCCCCUACGCAUUUGCGUUUGAGCUGCGUGACACUGGCCAUUUUGGAUUUUUACUUCCCGAGACGCUGAUCAAACCAACCUGCACAGAGACCAUGCUUGCAGUUAAAAAUAUAACUCUUCAUCUGCUGAAGAAAUGUCAUUGA